AUGGCUGCCACUGGGCAACCUCUGGAACCCGAUACUUUUGAUUCGGACUCGGCAAUCUCGGAGCUCCGCAAUGGUAGUACCGAUUCGCCUACCCCGAGCAUGUUGACAGUGCUGGAGGAGAAUGGCAGGACGUAUCACGCAAUGAGUUCCGGGAAGUACCCGUUUCCCAACGAUAUUGUCGAGCAGGAACGCCUUGAUUUCCAGCACCUUAUGUGGACUGUGACAUUAGGCGACAAGCUCUGCCUAUGCCCCAAAGGGUCACAAAAAGCAAAGCGCGUGCUAGACGCCGGCACGGGCACCGGAAUCUGGGCGAUGGAUUACGCGGACGCACACCCCGAAGCCAAAGUCAUUGGUGUAGAUCUGAGCAAUAUUCAGCCUAAGUGGACGCCUCCGAACUUGACUUGGGAGCUGGACGACCUGGAGCAGGACUGGACUUGGUCUCAGCCUUUCGAUUUCGUCUUUGUCCGCAUGCUAGCAGGGAGUCUAAAAGACUAUCAAGACUUUGUAAACCAAGCAUUCGAAAACCUCGAACCAGGCGGCUAUCUCGAAAUGCAAGACCUAAGCCUCCCCUACCGCUGCGACGAUGGCAGCCUAACCGAAGAGAACCCCGUCCACAAGCUCUCGGACCUCUUUCUCAGGGGCGGCCGCGUGACGGGCCGCCACAUGGAUAAAGCCCCCAUCUACAAGGACCUCAUGCGCAACGCGGGCUUCGUCGACAUCGUCGAGGAACAGUUCAAGUGGCCCGUCAACGCGUGGCCGCGCGACCCGCACUUCAAGACCUUGGGGGCCUGGACGCACUGUAAUCUCGACCACGGACUCGAGGGGCUCACGCUCGGGCUCGCGACGAGGAAUCUGCGAUGGAGCAGGGAGGAGACGCUGCUUUUUUGCGCGACGGUGAGGAAGACGUUGCGGAGCCAUAAGGCGCAUGCCUACAUUCCCUUAUACGUUGUUUAUGGGCGGAAGCCGGCCGAGGCGAAAAGGGGAGACUCGAAGCCACCGGCAGGUAUACAGUAG